AUGGCUGAAGAAACCAAUAAGACGGCUCCCGAGGCGGCGUGCGCGGCGGAGGAGGUCUCGGUGCCCGACGUUCCGGUGGAGGAGAAGGAGGCGUCCGCCGUGGUGGAGAAGGAGGCGCCUCCCGAGCCGGUGGAGAAGGCGGCGGAGGAGGCUAAGGCAGAGAGCGCGGCGGUGGAGAAGAAGGAGAAGGACGAAGCUUCUGAAGGGACGAAAAUUUCUGAAUCGGAUUCGUUCAAGGAGGAGAGCAAUAAGGCCGACGAGUUGGUCGACCCGGAAAAGAAGGCCCUUGACGAUUUCAAGCUUCUGAUUCAGGAGGCUCUUAGCAAGCACGAGUUCACCGUCCCGCCGCCGCCGCCUCCGGCCGCCGUCUGGGAGAAGAAGAAAGAAGAAGAGGAGCCCAAGACCGAAGAGAAAAAAGACGAGGAGUCCAAAACUACUGAAAAAGCCGAAGCUUGCGCAGAAACUCCGGCAGAGCCAGCGAAAGAGGAGGCGCCGGAGCCGGUCAAGGAAAAGGAGCCGGAGCCGGUGACAGAGGCGGCGGAGGAGCCAGUGGAUCAGGUGAAAGUGGCGGCGGCGGAGGAGAAGAAGCCCGAGAAAUCCGAAGAGAAAGCAGCAGAGGCCGCGGAGGAAAUCAAAGAGACCAUCGUCCACGAGGUCGCCGCCCCUGUGCCGCCGAGCGAGGAGCCGGCCCUGCCGCCGCCUCCGCCGGAAGAGGUCUCCAUCUGGGGCGUCCCCCUCCUGGCGGACGAGAAGAGCGACUCGAUCCUGCUGAAAUUCCUUCGGGCGAGGGAUUUCAAGGUGAAGGAAGCCUUCGCCAUGCUCAAAAGCGUGGUGGCCUGGCGGAAGGAGUUCGGAAUCGAGAAGCUUCUCGAGGAGGAAACCAUUGUCGAGGGCCUCGAAAAAGUUGUUUAUAUGCAUGGUGUGGAUAAAGAAGGGCACCCUGUUUGCUUCAACGCACUUGGUGAGUUUCAGGACAAAGAAUUGUAUGAUAGCACAUUUGCUGAUGCCGAAAAACGAGACAAAUUCUUGAAAUGGUACAUUCAGUUGUUGGAGAAGAAUGUGAGGAAGCUGGAUUUCAGUCCCGGUGGGAUUUGCACUAUAGUUCAGAUAAUCGAUCUGAAUAACUCACCGGGGCUCAUCUUGUUCAAGAAGGAGCUUCGCCAGGCUACUAACCAGGCCCUUCAACUGCUGCAGGACAAUUAUCCUGAAUUUGUGGCCAAACAGGUGUUUAUCAAUGUUCCAUGGUGGUAUCUGGCUUACAAUAGGAUGAUUAGCCCAUUCUUGACCCAAAGAACCAAGAGCAAGUUUGUGUUUGCUGGCUCUACAAGGACUGCUGAGACUCUCUUCAAGUACAUAGCACCUGAGCAAGUACCAGUUCAAUAUGGUGGCCUUAGCAAACUUGGAGAUCAAGAAUUCACCACUGCUGACCCUGCAAUUGAGGAAGUUAUUAAACCAACUUGCAAACACAUCAUUGAAUUGCCUAUCACUGAGGCUGGUACAUUGAUUUGGGAGGUUAGAGUUGUGGGUUGGGAAGUCUCGUACGGAGCCGAAUUUCAGCCAAGUGCCGAGGGUGGAUACACAUUGAUUGUACAGAAGGCUCGGAAAAUUGCACCGGCCGAUGAACAAGUUAUAAGCUGCAGCUUUAAGACUAAUGAAGCUGGGAAAGUUCUCCUCACAUUCGACAACCAAACCUCUAAAAAGAAGAAGCUUCUCUACCGGUCCAAGACGAAGCCCUCCGAAUGA